CAAUUGUAUACCCUCCCCAUCGUCAAGAGAGUGGCGUGUAAUUCCUUAUUUCCCAGGCUACAGUUCAUGUGAUGGCUUGGUAGCUAGCACGCUAUCUAGCUACUUCACAUAACACGUCGCAGAAGUGGGGUCAAGAGUGCUCCCUUGUUUCGUCAUUGGAUUUCCACUCCAAUUCGUUUUUCUUUGUUUAGUUAAUGGGACGGCUAGCAAUUUUACUGAUUUAAAAACUAAGACAAUGUUUCGAUAACAGAUCGUCACGUAACUGGUUUGACAACAUAAUUUACUCUCGAUGUAUCUGAACAAGGCAACCUGCCAGUUGGUGUGAUCACGGUGGAGGACUCAAGGACUGAAGGCUAUGAUACCCGUCGAGUGAAGCCCUCUUCCAAGAGAGGGCUGACUGGAGUGCCGUUAUGGUGAUCCCGGUACAAUUCCUCUGCCGUGCGGUCCGCACUGUGGGAUUAGUGCUUUUCUACUAUGUCUUCUCCAUUGGAAUCACGUUCUACAACAAAUGGCUCAUGAAGGACUUCCAUUUUCCCCUCUUCAUGACUCUGGUGCACCUGACCAUGAUAUUUUGUCUCUCUGCCUUCACUCGUUAUGCCUUGCAAUGUUGGUCUGGUAAACAAAGGGUUAUGCUUGGCUGGUCAGACUACAUCUUCAAAGUGGCACCAACUGCUUUGUCAACUGUGCUGGACAUUGGGUUAUCUAACUGGAGCUUUCUCUUCAUCACCAUCAGUUUGUACACCAUGACCAAGUCUUCCGCUGUCCUCUUCAUCUUGCUGUUCUCGCUUGUCUUUAAGCUAGAGGAGUGGAAUCCAUUCAUCAUCGUGGUCGUGCUGCUCAUCUCCGGUGGUCUGUUCAUGUUCACGUAUGAAUCGACCCAGUUCAACCUGGAAGGGUUUGUCAUGGUUCUGCUCGCCUCCUUCAUCGGCGGCAUCCGCUGGACCCUCACGCAAGUCCUCAUGCAGAAAGCAGAACUGGGUCUCCAAAACCCGAUUGACACCAUGUACCACCUACAGCCUCUUAUGUUCCUGGGGCUCUUCCCCCUCUUUCUUUACAAUGAAGGGUUGAGCCUGUGUACCUCGGAGAAGCUGUUCCGUGUGAGUGAGCUGGCCCCUCUGUUGUACUCCCUGUCCACCCUGUCCCUGGGAGGUGCCCUGGCAUUCGGACUGGGAUUCUCCGAGUUCCUGCUGGUCUCCCGCACGUCCAGCCUCACUCUCUCCAUUGCUGGGAUAUUCAAGGAAGUGUGCACGCUGUUGCUGGCGGCUGAGUUCUUUGGAGACAAAAUGACGCUGCUCAACUGGCUAGGCUUCAUCGUGUGUCUUUUAGGCAUCUCUCUGCAUGUCGGCCUUAAGACUUACUACUCCAAAGGGAAGGCACACUUGGUGAGGCAGCUGCCCUGCAAAGAAGGCCCUGACAUCGAGCUUCCUCUCCUGCGCCGGGAGGAGGAAGAGAUGUACGAUGAAGACGAGGAGCAGGAGAUCCUGCACCUUCAGUUGUUUUGUCUGUCUUUAAAGUGUCAAUUCAUUACUGCAGUUACGUACACCUUUUGGUUUUCCACAGGUUUAUAUGAACUCCAGUCCAGCGUCAUCAUGCUCAGGCAUCUGUCAUCUCAGUCACGGCUCCUGCUGCCCCUCCUGUGGACGGUUCUGCUGCUGAUUGCAGGGGUUCAUUCACAAGGCCGGCUAAAACUUACAGUGCUAUCUGAGGACCGACUGCAGAUGAAGUGGAAAGAGGCAGAUGGACCCGUUCAGGGCUACAAGGUCAGAGUGCGUCCCAUUUCAGAUGAUCCACAGCCGGAGCUGAUGCUGACCACCACCAAGGGCCGGGCCACAGUGGCGGGGCUGGACUCCACGCAGGAGUACCUCCUGCAGGUCCUCUUGCUCAACGGCACCAUGGAGAAACUGGUGGCCAAGAGACGCUUCACCAUUGACGGGCUGCGGGAAGACGAGCUGGUCCGUAGUGGGAACCGCGAGCAGAAGAAGAAGUCCCUGGCGGCUGGCUCCGGUUCAGGAGAGAUGGAUGAUGUCACUGAGCUGCUGGCGGCCCUGCCCACAGUACUCUACCAGGAACCCUCCACCUUAGCUCCGUCUCCUACUCCCACCACAGCGGGGAGCCCCACACCCACAGAGCCACCCCCUACAGCAGAGGACGAGGCUGAGCUUGAGGCCGUGACUGUGGCCGUCACGGGGAAGACGCCCAGAGAGAGGAAGAAGAAGAAGAAGGACAAGAAUCGCUCCAGGGCCGAUGACAAGGGCGGCGAUCAGGGAACCGGUCGGGCCGAACCAGCGGAGGAGAGCAACAGCAGAGACAAACCUCGCAAGAUCCCCACACUACCUGUCACAGUGGGGACCACAAGCGGGGCCUUCGAGUGUGACCCGACGACGCAGGCGGACCUGGUGCUGCUGGUGGACGGCUCCUGGAGCAUUGGCCGCACCAAUUUCAGACGCGUGAGGGACUUCCUGGAGGGCGUGGUCACCCCCUUCCACAUCGGCACGGACAGGGUGCAGAUAGCUCUGUCCCAGUACAGUGGAGACCCUCGCACAGAGUGGCAGCUCAGCAACUUCACCACCAAAGACCAGCUGGUGGAGGCAGUGCGCAACUUCAGAUACAAAGGAGGAAACACCUUCACAGGCCAGGCUUUAAUGCAUGUGUUGAAUGAGAAUCUGAAGGAGGAGGCCGGGGCGCGAGCACAUGUCCCUCGCUUUGUGUUGCUGCUCACCGAUGGGAAGUCUCAGGACGACGCCAUCGCUGCAGCCAGCAAGCUGAAGAGUGUAGGAGUGGAGAUCAUCGCUGUAGGUGUGAAGAACGCAGAUGUAGCUGAAUUGAAGCAGGUGGCUUCGGCCCCUGAUGACCUGAAUGCCUACAAUGUAAAUGACUUCCCUCUGCUGAGUAAACUGGUGAGCCGACUGGUGCGAAUCCUCUGUGGGAAAAUGGAGGAACGCAGCAAAGCCAGGCGAAGGGAACGACCCACCAAGGACCCAGUGGUGUCGUACCCGAGCCCCACCGACCUGCGCUUCUCUGACCUGGGAUCCAGGGAGGUCCGGCCCAGCUGGACCCCACCUUCACGCUGGGUCGGUCAGUACAGGGUGGUGUUCCACAGCACGGAGGGACAGACCCCACAGGAGGUGGUUGUGAACGGAACGCAGUCCAGUGUUCUCUUGACUGGCCUGUCCUCUCAGACGCAGUAUCAGCUGUCAAUCUUCCCUGUCUAUGAAGACAAUGUGGGGCCUCCUCUGCGAGGCACCUUCACCACCUUGCCACUGGCCAUGCCAGAGAGCCUGGAGCUGACCCCUUCCUCCCCCACGAGCCUGAAGGUGCGCUGGAGCCCUGCGGUCGGGGCCACCCAGUACAUGGCCCUCUACUUCACCCUCACAGAUGGAGAACCGGACGACGCUAAGGAGGUGAAGUUCGGAGCGGAUCAGACCGAUGUGGAGCUGGAGGAUCUGAUGCCAGCCACUGAUUACUCCGUCACGCUCUACGCCCUGUAUGAGGAUGACCCCAGCGACCCCGUGACUGCUGUCGCAACCACCUUUCCUCUCCCCCCUCCCUUGAGUGUCCACAUCCCCAUGGUCAGCCACAGCUCGCUGCGGGUGAGCUGGGUGCCCGGUGCAGUGGACGUGCCCGGGCACCGCAUCGUCUGCGCCAGCAACCAUGGCAGUGACGCACAUCAGGUGGAGGUGAAAGGUGCCAAUUCUGUACUGCUGCAGAACCUGUCAUCUCUCUCCAGAUAUUUUGUCUCAGUGCAGUCACACUAUGAGAAAGGCCUGUCAGCACCUGUCACAACCAAUGCAACCACACUGAAAGUGCCGCCCCCCUCAGACCUCCGGGUCACCAACUUCUCAGGAAGUGACAUCACAGUGAGGUGGGACUCAGCGGCUGAUGAUGUUGUCUCAUACAUGAUGAAGUGGAUCUCUCUCAGCGGAGGGAAGCUUCAGCAGCUGUCAGUGGAUGGGCAGAGUGAGGGAGCCAUCUUAGAGAAUGUGGAGGAUAAUAAGGAUUACCAGCUCUCACUGUCUGCCCUCUACGCUGAUGGAGCUCAGAGCGAGGCAGUGGCCAUCAGAUACAGCACCUUGUCUGGUGCGGGUCCCAGCAGUGUGUCCGUGUCAGAGGAGUCCGCAGUGAGUCUGCUGGUCAGCUGGGUGCCCCCUAAUGCCCACGUGCAACAGUACCGCGUGUCCUUCACCACUCUCACAGGAGACACCCCACGAGAAAAAACGGUGUCCGUUCCUGGCACUGAGAGUCGUGUGUUGCUGCAGUCCCUGGUGCCUGACACGCGCUACAGCAUCCUGGUCACUGCUGAGUACCGCGGCCGAGAGGGUGGCAGCGCUACAGCACAGGGAAAGACUGCCAGUCUGCGAGUGAGCAGUGUGAGUGUGGUGCGCUCGGACCACUCCAGUAUGUGUGUGUCCUGGAGGCCAGUGGCCGCCGUCAGCAGCUUCCGCGUCCUCAUCCAGGCCCUCAGAGACAAGCAGAUGAAUCAGGAGGUGUUGGACGCCUCCAGCAACAGUCACUGUUUUUCUCAGCUGCAGCCCGAGACUGUGUAUCGCAUCAGCGUGUACUCCCGUCUAGAGACAGUAGAGGGGGCUGCUGUUUCCAUCCUGCACUCCACAGCUGCGGCCCCAAUCAGGAUCCCCAUACCAAGGAUAUUCUCCACCCAUACUGGAGCAUGUCCCGACUUGACAAUAAGAAACAACUUAGUAAAAGGGUAUGACAUGAUGGAGGCAUUUGGCUUGACCAAGAAGGCUCACUCUUCAGUAGAGGGGGUGGCAGCUGAGCCCUUCAUCUUCACCACACUGCCCAGCUACACCCUCUACAGGGACGUCCAGCUGACCCAGAACACAGGCUUCAUCCACCCAGCGGGCAUAGUGGCAGAGCACACCCUCAGCAUGGCGUUCCGCCUGCUGCAGGACUCCCCCAGAGAGCCCUUCUCCCUGUGGCAGCUCACCGACAACGACUUCCAGCCCAAGAUGGGGGUGGUGCUGGACCCUGAAAAGAAAACCCUGCUGUACUUCAGCCUGGACUACAGAGGAGAGGUGCAGGAGCUGACCUUUGACCAGCCUCAGGUCCACAAGCUCUUCUAUGGCAGCUUCCACAAGCUUCACUUGUCUGUCAGUCAAGUGAGCGUAUCCCUGUCUGUGGACUGUGAACAUAUUGGGGAGAGACCGGCCCGCCCUCUCGGAGCCCUGCCCACAGAUGGCUUCGAGAUGCUGGGGAAGCUGGUGAAGACACGAGGGCCAAACAGCGGCUCUGCCUCGUUCCAGCUGCAGUCAUUUGAGAUUGUGUGCAACACCUCCUGGCCCUCAGAAGACACCUGCUGUGACCUGCCUGCUCAGAGGGAUGAAGAGAGCUGCCCUUCCCCGGCCUACGCGUGCACCUGCACCUCAAACACGCCCGGGAGACCAGGGGACACGGGACCACCUGGUAAGCCCGGUCCACGGGGGGAGAAAGGGGAAAAGGGUGAACCCGGCCAAAAGGGUGAGAUGGGCCCUCCAGGUAGGGUGGGUCCGGAUGGAGUCCUGGGGCCCAUUGGCGCUCGAGGCCCUCAAGGCAUCACAGUCCAAGGGAAAAUGGGACCACCAGGUGCAAGAGGAGAGAAAGGGGAGGCGGGAAAACCAGGAGGCCAGGGGUUACCAGGCCCUCCUGGCCUACAGGGUGCUGAGGGGAACCAUGGACCUGAGGGAGUCAGAGGUGUCGAGGGCAACAUGGGAUCCCCAGGCCUUACUGGACUAAGGGGUUUUCAGGGUAUGCCAGGACACCCUGGGCCAGUGGGUGGCAGAGGACAUAUGGGCCCAGUGGGACCUUCGGGUCUCCCAGGAAAAAAGGGGGACAGGGGAGAAAAGGGGGAACCACAGUCUCUUGCCAUAAUAUACCAGCUGGUGACAGAGGCCUGUGAAAAACUAAUGCACAGUUCUGAAGCUGGACUCCUUCCUGAAUGAGAUGAGUCGGAAGCCCGUCCCCAUCGAGGAGCCAGUGGGUCCGCCAGGAGAGCCUGGCAUCCCAGGGUCCAAAGGCCCGCCAGGUCUCAGGGGCGGGCAGGGACGCCAGGGAACAAGAGGGACGCCAGGGAAGUCUGGCUACCCAGGGGAACAAGGUGGGCCAUUGGGACAUUAAUCCAAGGUACUCCUGGUGAGACAAAAGUGGGUAGUCAAGGUUCCCGAGGGGAUGAUGGCCAGCAAGGCCUACCUGGCAUUGCAGGUGCUAUGGGUCAGGUCGGAGAGAUGGGCCCCCCUGGCAUCUGCGACAGCAGCAGCAGCUGCAAUCCACCUCCGCAGACAGCAGAGGACCCAUACUAUGGAUACCUACCAUGA